AUGGCUCGUCUCCGCUGCCUCUUGGUCGCCUUCGUCCUCCUCGCGGCCGCCCUCCGCCUGCCAGGCGACGCCAUUGCCUCCCGCGGGCACCACGGCCCCGCCGCGCACGACUACAGGGACGCGCUCGCCAAGUCCAUCCUCUUCUUCGAGGGCCAGCGAUCGGGCAAGCUGCCGCCGUCGCAGCGCAUGUCCUGGCGCAGGGACUCGGGCCUCUCCGACGGCUCCGCCGCCAAGGCAAUCCUGCAUUGUGCUAGCUGUUUGUUGACGGCCGGCGUUGUUCUUGUUGACCGUGUGCCUGGCGGGCAGGUGGACCUGGUGGGCGGGUACCACGACGCCGGCGACAACGUCAAGUUCGGGUUCCCGAUGGCGUUCAGCAUGACGAUGCUGGCGUGGAGCGUGGUGGAGUUCGGCGGGCUCAUGAAGUCGGAGCUGCAGCACGCGAGGGAUGCGGUCCGCUGGGGCGCCGACUACCUGCUCAAGGCCACGGCGCAUCCGGACACCAUCUACGUCCAGGCAAGUGGUGGUCUACUGGUCUUGCUCUUGCUUUCCUGUUCCUGUUCCUCUUGGGGCGAGUCAUGGUCAAACAGAAAAGAGUCACUUCCUAGUUGUACACUAGUACAACGAGCACGGCACGAAAGGCUGCUUCCUUUUCCGCAAGCAGUGUGGACUGCUGCUGGUGUUGCGCCCAUUGGCGGCACCCCAAGCUGUUCUGAUCGAUCUCCCCUCACUCUCUCUUCUCUGGUCGUCGUCACAUAUUCACAUUCACAGGUUGGUGACGCGACCAAGGACCACGCGUGCUGGGAGCGUCCUGAGGACAUGGACACCCCGAGGACGGUGUACAAGGUGGACCCCGGCACCCCGGGCUCCGACGUCGCCGCCGAGACCGCCGCCGCGCUCGCCGCCGCGUCCCUCGUCUUCCGCAAGUCCGACCCGGCCUACGCCAGUCGCCUCGUGGCCAGGGCCAAGCGGGUGUUCGAGUUCGCGGACAAGCACCGGGGCUCCUACAGCACCGGCCUGGCGGCGGACGUGUGCCCGUACUACUGCUCCUACUCCGGGUACCAGGACGAGCUGCUGUGGGGCGCGGCGUGGCUGCACCGCGCCACCAAGAGCCCCAUGUACCUGAGCUACAUCCAGACGAACGGGCAGGUGCUGGGGGCCGACGAGUCGGACAACACGUUCGGGUGGGACAACAAGCACGCGGGGGCUCGCGUGCUCAUCGCCAAGUCGUUCCUGGUGCAGCGCCUGGGCGCGCUCCACGAGUACAAGGCGCACGCCGACGGCUUCAUCUGCUCCAUGGUGCCCGGCACGGCCACGGACGCGACGCAGUACACCCGGGGCGGGCUGCUGUUCCGGCUCAGCGACAGCAACAUGCAGUACGUGACGUCCAGCGCCUUCCUCCUGCUCACCUACGCCAAGUACCUGGCGUUCGCCAAGGGUACGGUGCGCUGCGGCGGCGGCGUGGCGGUGACGCCGCAGCGGCUGCGCGCCAUCGCGCGCCGGCAGGUGGACUACCUGCUGGGGAGCAACCCGAUGGGGAUGUCCUACAUGGUGGGCUACGGCGCCAGGUACCCGCGCCGCAUCCACCACCGCGCCUCGUCGCUGCCGUCCGUGGCGGCGCACCCGGGUAGGAUCGGGUGCUCGCAGGGGUUCACGGCGCUGUACGCGGGCGGCGCCAACCCCAACGUGCUCGUCGGCGCCGUCGUCGGGGGCCCCGACAUGCAGGACAGGUUCCCCGACGAGCGGAACGACCACGAGCACUCGGAGCCGGCCACCUACAUCAACGCGCCGCUCGUCGGCGCGCUCGCCUACCUCGCGCACUCCUACGGCCAGCUCUAG